CACCAAGCAUAAUUAAGAGUAUACCAUCCUUAUAAUCAACAGCUAUCUUAUGAUGUUCAAGAGAAUCCUCUCCCUCGCGCUUUUCACCAGUGCCGCUUUUGCUCAAAGUAUUCGCAUAGGCUAUCCACCAGAAGGAACUAGUGUUAUUGCGGGGAGCAAUGUGACCGUGCAAAUUCAACUGCCUCCUACACUUACCAACACACAGCCUAUAUCUGUUGCAAUUGGACUGCAGUCGUGCCCUAGUGGGAAUUGCUUGCCCGUCGCAGAUAUACUUGGAGAUCUUCUUUAUGCUGGCCCUAUCCAGCCUGUAUAUGGUCCUGGAGCAUACUACCCGUACCAGAACUUCUCCGUCACGGUACCCCCCACAAUCGCAAAUGGUACAGCUCAGAUUGGUGUCGCCUACUUUUCCCUUAUCGGUGCUGGACUGUAUCCCUUUUUCCAACUUUUGAACGAAACCGUUAAUGUUGUGUAGUUUACGAUGGACAAUUGCCGUCUCUUUAUUCCUCUAAGUAUGU